AAACAGAAAAAAAAUCACAUGACCACUCACUCUCUCUCUCUCUUUUCUCACUACCUUUCCCCUUCGUUUCUUUUCACACACUGACUGACUGUCUUCACUCUUAUUUUUGCAUAUGAACAAAAACAAACUCUGUAAACAUUACUCUCUCUUUGGCCGACAAACCUGAAGAAGAGUCUAUUCUUCUCCCUCUCCUUAAUUCAAAACCUUCACAUUGUCCCCAGAAGAUUCUCUAUAUGAACUAGGCCUUUUGCCUCUUUCUUCUUCGAAUAGAAUCAAUGGGUAGAGACAUUCUGCUUCCGAGCACUCUCAUUCUCCUCCUCCUUUCAGGGUUUGUCUCUUCAGCUCCUUCAGCUAACUCUCCAGCAAAGAUUAUCAAUGGGUUCAUCACAAACCACGGCUCUUCACUCAUGAAAUGGAUUUGGUCACUCAAAACCACCUCCAAGAAAACAACAAUUGCAACGAGAUCGAUGGUGAAAUUCGAGGAUGGGUAUGCAGUAGAGACGGUCUUCGACGGAAGCAAACUCGGCAUCGAGCCUUACUCCGUCGAGGUCUUGCCUAACGGGGAGCUCCUUGUUCUCGAUUCCGACAACAGUAACAUCUACAAGAUCUCUUCUUCUCUUUCUCUAUAUAGCAGGCCGAGGCUGGUUACUGGCUCCCCUGAAGGAUACGCAGGUCAUGUUGAUGGGAGAUUGCGUGACGCUAAGCUUAACCAUCCCAAGGGUCUUGCCGUUGAUGACAGAGGCAACAUUUAUGUAGCUGACACUGUUAACAAUGCUAUACGCAAGAUAAGUGAAGCAGGAGUUACAACAAUUGCUGGAGGCAAAACGGGUAGAAAUGGAGGAGGAGGACACGUGGAUGGACCAAGCGAAGAUGCAAAGUUCUCUAAUGACUUUGAUGUUGUUUACGUCGGAAGCAGUUGUUCCCUCCUCGUCAUUGACCGUGGCAACAGAGCUAUCAGAGAGAUUCAGCUUCGUUUCGACGACUGUGCUUAUCAGUACGAGAGCGGGUUUCCUCUUGGUGUUGCUGUCCUCGUGGCUGCAGGUUUCUUUGGUUACAUGAUGGCUCUCUUGCAGCGCCGGGUCGGUUCCAUCGUCUCUUCUUCUCAAAACGUUAGUGUUUUGGAUCAAGAAACGUUCGAAGCUGAUCCUGAUCAGAAGAAACCAUUCAGACCGUCUCUGAUUCCGAGUGGAGAUGAUGAGCAGCUGCUAGAGAAGCAAGAUGAGAGCUUCUUGGCGUCUAUGGGAAACCUCGCUUCAAACGCUUGGGUUACCGUUACAGAGAUGCUAAGAAAGAGGCAGCAGACAGCAGCAACAGGCUUUCAGGAGUACCACCAAACAAAGCAGUCUUCUUCUGCUGCGUUUAGCACAACAACAACUCCGUGGCCGAUCCAAGAGAGCUUUGUGAUCCCAGAGGAAGAUGAACCUCCUCCUGUUGAGCAUAGGAACCAAACACCGAGGAAGACUUAUGCUUUCAUGUCCAAAGACGCGGAGAAAAUGCAGCAGCUGCGUCAGAGCCGUGCCUUCUACAGUAGCUGGGAAGCAGCUGCUGAGUUCCCAAACCAGCAACAGCAACAGCAAAAGCAGCAACAGCAGAAGCAGCAGCAUAGAAGGCAUUACUCGUCGAUCCCACAUACUUAUUAUGAGCAGAACAGUGAGAAGACUAAUGAGGUAGUCUUUGGGGCGGUCCAAGAAAAGAAGAGCAGCAAGCGUGCGGCUAAGCCUAAGGAGUCUGAAGAUCAGAUAAAUAAUAGUAUUAAUAAUAAUACUCAACAGAAUCUUCACCACAGAGCUCAUUCUGUUAGUUACCCGUAUGGAUACUAUCCACCAUAUACAUGAAAAGUCUCUGAGUGUUGGAUGUUUAUGGGAUUAUAAGUCUUAUUGAAUAAGAUCAUGCAAGGAGAUUACCAAAAUUUUGGGUAUAGGUGGGGGGUGUUAAGAUUUAUUGUGAAAGAUUGGGGAGAUUUUAAGUACUUAGAGAUGCUGGUCUUGUAAGAAAAGUUGCAAAAUUUUAUUGCAUUCAGUAAUAUAAAUAUAUAUGAUCUUUGUGGAAAA